GACAACAACGAUGGCAACGACGUUCGUUUGACGUUUUCUGUCACUCUCUCAACUUAUGACGCUUGAAGUGUUUUUGCUUAUAGAACCAUUCCGUUCAUUUAUACGGAAAUUUGACAUUCCAGCACCAGAUGCAAAAACAUAUUGUUUAUGGCAAUAUUGAUUUUUAUUUCAACAGAUCUGAAUUUGUCACGAAAAGGCAAACAAACUCAAACUAGAGUCCAAUUUGUCGACUCGAUGUAGUUUUUAAGUUGAUCAACGUACACACAUAAAGACAAUCUCAGUUAUAUGGAUAGCUAAAUACAUGUAUAUGUCGAGCGCAUCUCAGUUAAAAUAGUGAAGAAAAAAUAACAAAUGCAUUGUUCAUUGAUUUCAAGCCCAAUUGAUAAUUUCAAACGAGUGAUUCAGACGAAAUCACUAUCAUCACAAUGCCAAAUACUUUAUUAUUUGCAACAAAUAAUGAGGGACGCAUCUAUACACUAUCCACGGGCAGCUCGAUGUGGAAAGAGUUUCAGUAUUCCGGGCUAGAGUUUAAAAAAGUUUCAUCGGUACAAAAUAUCAUUUAUGCGAUUGGCGGUGAUCGGCAGGUAUACGUGCUCGUUUUUGGCUUAGACAUACCAAUACGAGUCAAAGAAGUGACUUAUGAAAAUGAACGAUGGUUUCCAAUCGAAGGAUUCGCAAAUCGAUUGCUGCCCACCGAUCGACACAAAUUCUCCACUGAGGAUGGCACCGAUAAUCGGGCCAUUGAAUUGAUUCGCCUCCCGUCUGCCUGCUGGAUAUGGGAGGGUGAUUGGCAGCUAGAGUUAUCGUUAAAUGGCGAACCAUUGGAUCACGAUGGAUGGACCUAUGCCAUCGACUUUCCAGCCAAGUUUUAUCCAAAGAAAUCGUGGAAUUCAUGUGUGAGACGACGAAAAUGGGUUCGAACUCGACGAUACAAUGCGUUGAAUUCAUGGUGUGCUAUUGCUCCGCUACACAAAGACGCCACACAAGAGCCAUUCGUAGACGUGGCAAUCGGUUGCGUUGGAUCCGAAUCACAGAACACAAUCUUAAGUGUUUGGGCCGUCUCAGCGCAUGGAAGAGUCAUGCAUCGAGCUGGUGUAAGUAUGACGUCACCAGAAGGACAACGAUGGACAGCUAUUCCAACACCAACGGGAGAAAUUUUGAAUAUAAGCGUUGGUGCAACGGGUUUGGUGUGGGCGGUCUUAUACAGUGGACGAGCUUUGGUACGCACAGGAAUACGAAGUGAUAAUUUGAUCGGUGACAAAUGGGUUGAGGUCUAUCCACCAGGUGAAAAUGUGAAAAUCAUGCAAGUUUCAGUGGGCACUAAUGCGGUAUGGUGCGUGACAAAUGAUAAUCAUGUGUGGUUUCGACGUGGCAUCAAAGGUGAUAUAUGUGGUAUUAGUGAAGAGGCAGCUAUUGGAAACACUUGGGUGGAAAUGGUUGGAAAUAUUUCGCAAGUGUCGGUCGCAGCAAACGAUCAGGUUUUUGCAAUUGGCGCUGAUGAUGAUAGAUAUCUUUACUUCCGUUGGGGUGUUUCAUCCAGUGACUUGACUGGCAAGAGAUGGGUUAAAAUACAGUGUCCGCUGCAGUACACGAGUUGCUCAUCUAGCACAUUGUCGUUAAAUUCAAGACGAAGCGGCUCCGAAUCGCCGAUUCAAAGCCAUCGCAGUAUUAACACGCUGUACAAAGAAAGGGCCCGCGUUGAAACGUCAGCAAUCAUAGAAAAUAUUGCCAUCGACGAAGAUGCAGCACAUUCAGCGCCAAAUUUUCGACAAAAGCCCAAGUAUUUGAAUUCGCCACCAGGCAGCUUAAAUGAAAAAGUCGAUAAUCGUUACAAAGUUAGAAUGAUGGAGAACACAGCGUCGAGUGCACCAACCGAACAUGUAUCCGAGAUAUCGGGAAAGUACUACGAGCGUUCAUCAAAGCAUCCACGAGCUUGGAGUCCAGUCCGAAGUGUUGGCUCGAUGGUUGGCACAGAAGCACAUCCAGAGAGCGAUUCAACGGUUUUUGAAACUGAUUCAAAUCGUGGCUCAUGCAUUUUUAGCGAAGAUGACGAUCAGUAUGGUACACAGUAUUGGAGUGAAUCGGAGGCGACCUGGACGAAUUGCACAGCCGGUGCAGCUCUAGUCGAACCAAACCAAUUGCCGAAUUGGUUCAAGGACACCGUCUCACUUUCUGAAUCAUCGGCUGAUCUGAACAAAGAAUGGCGCGUGAAAAUGAUUGAAAUUCUUAAGAAACGAUUGAAUGGCUUUGAUGCAAGUGCUUAUGAAAAGGCGGUGGAAAUGUCUUCGUGGGUUAAAAGUGUCGAGGCAAAAGUGGCGAAAAAUGACACAUUCGAAGAUUGCCUCAUUGAAUUGGAAUGGUUAACAUCCGCUACCACAGGUGCGGGCACAUUGACAAUCCUCAAUUUGGAUGGAGUAUCGACCAAAAUGCAGCUAUCGUUAAAUGAAAUAACGUGUGUGAUGUGUUGCAGUGAACCGGGUAGCCCACGUCUGGCUCUAUACGCUCCACGACUAUCAGUCGAAUCGUCAACGCUAAAAUUACAAUUUUCAAAUGACGAUGAAAUGGAGGACUGGCUAUCGCAUUUGACAUCAGUGUGUUGUGAACUGAACGAAGUUCAUGGACGACCCGCCGAUGAUUCGCGUUGGAUAACAACCGGUUUGGGCGAUGUGUUCUGCUCUGACCCCAUCAAUCUUAAAUCCGCACAAUACAAAGCAGCUAGCAAAUUGUAUGAGAAAGAAAUCAAUAUGCUUGGUGCCGAAACGCCAUACAUCACACCGCUUCCAAAUGGAAUGGCCAUCGGAAGUAUUGUCGAAAUAAACGGUUGCAUUUUUGAUGACGCUAGUCAAAUUCGUUUCGAUUUACAAUGCCAUUCAACGUUAAAGACACGAUUUAUCAUCGAAAAAAUGCGGCAUGUUGCAUGCCAUUUGAAUCCAAGGUUCAAUGAAAAGAUCAUUGUACUCAAUACAAUGGAAAAUUCCGAAUGGCAAACUGAACUACGAACUGAUAAAAUGGUCUUUUCACCCGGCACCGAAUUUAAACUGGAAAUAAGGUGCGAAGCAAAGGGUUUGCGGUUUUUCGUUGACAAUUUGGAAUUUAUAUUUUUCGAGCACCGAUUGCCUCCUGAAUCAGUAAACAGCUUGUACAUUAGUGGCCGAGUUAAAAUCUACAAUGUGAAGUAUAAUAGCCCAAGGGUGAUUAUCCAGUUGCGUGACAUGUUUUGGCGUCAGAUCGGCGGUCAUUUUCGAAAGAUAGUUUCCAGUCGAUGUGGCAUUGUGUGGGCAAUUAGCUAUGACAACACCGCAUAUUACUAUACAAACGGAUGGGGUGGUGCAUUUCUGAAGGGCUUAAAUUCAGGAGGCGAAAUCAAUGCAAUGACUGACACACAAAACUACUUCAUUUAUGAAAAUCAAAGAUGGAAUCCACUUACAGGGUACACUAGCCAUGGUUUGCCUACCGAUAGACAUAUGUGGAGUGAUGCAACGGGCAAACAGAAACGAAGCAAGGAAAACUCAAAAUUGUUGUCAUCUCGUUGGCACUGGAUCUCAGAUUGGCUAGUGGACUUUCAUACACCAGGUGGUGUGGAUCGAGAUGGUUGGCAGUAUGCCGUGGACUUCCCCGCUUCGUACCAUGCUAAAAAGCAAUUCACCGACUAUGUGCGCCGUCGACGAUGGUUUCGAAAAUGUCGUCUCACGACCAGCGGUCCAUGGCACGAAAUCGGCAACACGAAACUGAUUGAUGUGAGCCUGCUCUACGAUGAAAACACCGAUUCGUUCAAAGUGUGGGCGAUAGCAAGUAACGGUGACGCUUUAUAUCGGCGUGGAGUAACCAAAUCAAAUCCAAGUGGUACAUCAUGGGAACACAUCGUCGCCAAUAAUCAACCAUUGGUUUCGAUUAGCUUAAGCAAAGCGACGGGUGUUUGGGCGAUUGGACGGAAUGGAUCGGCAUAUCGUCGGUGUGGAUUUUCGUGUGAGAAUGAAUGGGGCACGUAUUGGAAGGUCAUUGAAGAUGCACCCAAGGGCGUCAAUUUGAAACAAAUAUCAGUCGGUCCGAUGGGCAUUUGGGCCAUCGAUUCUCAAGGUGAGUGCUUAGUACGCCGUGAGGUAUGCGAUUCAUUUCCAGAAGGUUCACAUUGGAAAAUUUUACAAAACGUUCCGAACGACCCACCGCAUGAGGAGGGCAAAGUUGGAUUCAAAUCCAUUUCAGUCACUGAUACGGAUGUUUGGGCUGUGUCAAGUAGUAAUUUUAUCUCUCGACGAAGUGGCGUCACACCAAAAAAUCAAAGCGGCACCGGCUGGCAACUUGGAAUAUCAGCCAAUUUCAACUGCGUUUCAUAAAAGUAUAUAUCAUUUUAUGCGCAAGGUCAUCCAUUCCGUAUAGCACUGUUCUCAUUCCUGUAUAUCGAAAAGCACAUUUCGAAUUUUACACAUAACUGGCUCUAUUGAAAUGUAUCUGUUUCUGAAUGUUUAAAUUUUAAGAAUGAUAAAAUUCAAAUUAAAGCGAAAUGUAUUAAAGUGGCAGCAUAAAA